CGAACACUGAAAGGGGAGUAAUCCUGCUUCCGCAUUAGAUUGAGAACAUUAUUAAUCAUGUUUGUUCCGGAUUAUCGAUGAGAAAUGAGUUGAUGACACCUGACAAUGGCAGCCAUUAAACACACACUGAACCGUGACCUUUUCCUUCCAAAUGAUGAACGGUUGAUUGGGCUGAUUUACGUGUUUAAAGCCCCAAAGAAAAAGAAAGGGAGUUUCCUCUGUGCUGUCUUGAACACCACAGAGAGCCCUGUGCAGGCCCGUGUGUAUCAGGUGAAGAAGGCUGACAGAGGAGAGUCGUACAAGAAGAAGCUGUCAUGGCUCCUCAGAGACCUCAAGGUGGUUGAUGGGAAGAAUGCCAACAAAGAGACCGCUGAAUUUGACCUGAACUUUGAGAAGCUGUAUAAGUGGGUGGCCAGCAGCAUAGAUGAAAAGGAGUCAUUUAUUGCCUGCUUGUGGAGGCUGAGUCAGCGAUAUCUGAUACAGAAGCCAGAGUUUGUCAAUGUCCCACCAGGACUGCUUGAAGACAUCACCGCCCCUCAUGACCAGAACCAGAAGUCUGAGGGUGGGGACGACAUCUCCAUUGAGGACGAGGACUAUCAGGCUCUGUCCUCCAAGGAGGAGUCCGACCUAGAGCUCCUCAUGUCCGAGUGCAAGGUGGCCAUCAGCAACGCAGAGACCUUCACUGACCAGCUCUCCAGACAGCUGUCCGUCCUGGAUGGGGCCAACAUCCACUCCAUCAUGGGGUCGGAGGACCAAGUGCUCAAUCUGAUGAGGCUGCUUGACGAGGGAAUCCAACAGGCCGAGCGGAUAGAGCGCAAGCUGGACUCGUAUGACAACAUACUGCUGAAUGUGAAGGAGCAGAUGGAGGUGAUGCGGGACAAGGACAUGCUGGUGAAGAUCAGGAACAUCAACCAUCAGCAGCUGCUGGAGGAACUGGAGAAAGUGGUGAAUCAGCUUGACCUUGACGUGAAGCAUGUGGACGCCUUAGUGAAUGGUGACCUGGCGACACCCACUGGGAUCUACGAGUGUACACGGGCAGCACAGGCGUUACUCAAGUGCAUGAAUGCAGACAUACACCAAGCCUUGAAGAGGAUGGGUGCAGUGGAGGAACAACAGAAAAGGUUCAGCAAGCUGUCUGUGAGUUUCUCCAAGAGGGUGGCACACCACCUCAACAAUCUCUUCAUACACCAGGGUAACGAAUUGGGAGAGACACUGAGUCGUUUCUCGGGGGAGCUGAAGAUGCCAAUCCACGACACGAUGCAGAGGGAGUUGGUUGUCUACGCAGACCUGAUGCUGUGGUUGAAGAACACUGACAUCGCAGUGUUUGAAGAACUGGCCAAGGUGUACACAGUCAACAUGCAGAAGAUGUACACACGGGAAUUACAAGACUUCUUGGAGAACGCCAAGCAGAGACUUAUGGGAAAAUCGGAAAAGGGAAAUAAAUAUGCCACACUUAACAUGGGCUCCAAGCUGUCCGGGUCAUCCACCAGUCUGGGGAAGAUCUCAGAACUCCGGGGCAGAUCGUCCUCUAUGCAGAGUGUGGACAGAGCAUCGCUCGGAUCGGAUCAGGAUCUAGCUCAACGUGGACCCUUUGAACAAACCCUGGAGAAAGUGCUGAGUGAGUUGGAGCGUGUGUGUGUAGCGGAGCAGGACUUCUGCUUCAAGUUCUUCCAGCUGGUGGAGAAGACUCCAUCAGUGUCAGAUGCAAAGGGAUCCCCAGGUCAGCACAAUGUAAGUGCUGAUGAUGACAGUGAGGUGUGGACUCUCAGAAACCCAACUAAUGUGGCAGAGGAUUACUUUAUGGAGAAUCUAGGGGAAGGGUUGCUGCAAAAACGAUCCACAACGCAAUUGAGGCAGAUCAAUGAUGCAGUAAGGAGCAUGAUGGCUGCCCUGUUCCCCACUCUGGAGACGGACCUUGACAACUUCUUCGUCUUCGCUGACCAGAGGGAUGGACUAAACUCCAUGUACAUGCUGGUGAAACUGAGCGCCCACGUCAACCACUCGCAGGACAUGGGGUCCUUCCUCAGCAAGACUUUCGGCAACUGCCUUGUGAAGGUCAAGCGCAACUUCGACAAGUACAUUCAAGUCCAGAUUCGGGGAGUGGAGGAGACGAAAGUGUCCAAGAAGAACAGAUGUGGGAUCAUCAGCUUUGUCCACAACUUUGAGGACUUUGCCAACCUGGCUGAGCGAAUCUUCAAGGGCUCAGAUCGCCAUGCAGAUCUGGAGAAGGCCUACGCUAAACUGGUGCAGGUUAUAUUUGAGCAGAUCGUCCGAGUGGCAACAGAGCAACAGAAGAAUCCGAGGGAGGUUGUCAUGAUGGAAAACUUCCACAGAAUGUAUUCCAUCUUGUCCCAGCUGAAGCUGUCCUGUCUGGAGAACGAGCGGAAGGACGCCAAGCAGCGAUACUGGGACAACCUUCGGACCUACACCACCACACUGCUGGGUCGCCCCCUAGAGAAACUACAUAUCUUCUUCGAGGGUGUUGAGAAGCGUGUGGCCAGUGGUGUGAAGCCCGAGGAAGUGGGCUUCCAGCUGGCCUUCAGUAAACAGGAGCUGCGUAAAGUCAUCAAGGAGUACCCUGGGAAGGAGGUGAAGAAGAACCUGGAACACCUCAACAAGAAGGUGGAGAAGCAGCUCAGUGAGGAGGAGCACCUGCUAGAGGUUGUGUGGCGUGAGAUGCAGGAUGAGUUCAUCAAGCAGUACAAGCACUACGACGACCUGAGCAAGAAGUGCUACCCCGACAUGCAGAUCACCCUGGACUUUAGCAUUGAUGAUGUACUCGAGUUCUUCUCCAGUAUAGCUCGGUCACACUAGAUGGGUUAGUCCGCUGUAGUCUGUCUGGAGUGGCAGGAUUAUACUGCAGAUCGAAAUGUUCAGAUAUGAAGAUGCUCAGACUAGAUGGGUAACCCAUGCUGGGCUGUAUGGUGGGAUUAUGCUGAGGAUUAACACUCUGAAGGUUUAACCCGUUCAGAUAAGUCAGGUUAACAUUUACUGGGUCUGUUUGGAGUGGUAGGAUUUUCUGCAGGUCUGUUACAGAGAUUCUCACCUUUAGAUGUCCUGUGCAUGAAACAAGUAAAGCAACUAUAUGGACAAACAGCAGAUUAAUGCAUAAAAUGCACACCAUUGUAUUCUAAUGGAUAAAGGUCCAAUUGAUUUAGGCUUGAAGUAUUCCAUCAGUGACCAGUCCGCACAUGGAUGAUUUGCCAUUAAGAUACUCCUUCAACAGUUAAUGGAAGUUAGCCAUGGUAGAUGAUGGAUAUUUUAUGAGUGCUUCCAGUGAAGCUAGUUUUGCUCUGGAUAACCAUGGUUGUGGGAUUAUUGAUGUGGAUCCCGAUGAUGAAAUAUAAAGGAACCUUUUGCCAUUGUCACUGUUCUAUAUAUGGAAUAGUUGUAGGUUUACAAUUAACACUGCAUCUCAGGUCAUGACCUGAAUUGUAUUUGUUAAAAUGCAGCCUAAGCUCUUUCAACCCUGGCCAGAUAUUGUUUACAUUCUUGUGUUACAAUGACAAACUACCCUUUAUUUGACAAGUCGGUGACUAUUAAGUCUCCAUGUUAACUUAUACAUACCCGAUUCUCAGUAACUCUAAGUAAGUACUGUCACUUUAAGAAAACAUAUUCUAUCAAAAUUGAUUCUUAUUUUCAUAACAUCAUAGUUAUGUUUUGGUGAACAAGGUCGUAAGGCACAUCGUCAACUGGACAUACAGGAUGUUCUUUGAAAUAUCUUUGCGAAAACAUAAAUUGUGUGGUGAAGGAAAAUUCCAGGGCACCUGUAAGAUGUGGAUGUAUUUUUGUGUAGUGCUCCCAGCCACACAUUGUCACCUGCUAGUGCUUGCUUCUGUGUUUUGCCAAAUUGUCAGUCACCUAUUUGAUACGUGCAAUAUUUUUUGCUGAAUUGGUUAUCAGUUUCAUUAUCAUGUAUGAGAAGAUUCAUGUAAACAUAUACACUCUGUUAAAUAUGAAUGCUGUAAAUACACCUAUUUAUAUAUUGUAUCAAAAUAUGUUUAUAUGAAGCUUAAUAAAUGUCAAAUAUUCUGUCA